AUGGAUUACGAGAUACGUCGUAGAGACACAAAGACCACUAUUGAGGAUGAUACCAGUAGCGAUACCAUGUCAUCUUCCUCAGUCAACGAUGAAUACCUCGGCGACAUUAAAAAAGACAUGCGGUACUCUUAUGGAAAAACCCCUGAUGGCAAAGUUUUUCGAGUACCUCUCACCCGUGAGAUGGUUGCUAAUCUGUUGAAUCCCAAGCAAAAGAAGGGAGUCUUUGACUGGAUCACACUAGGCACCAUGGCGUUUCAGAUUAGCCUCUUCUUCUUGUUGCCAUCCUGGAUUAAGCGUCCAUUGUUCAUCUUUAUCUUCUUCUUCUGGCGCUUGGCGUACAAUGCUGGAUUAGGUGUCUUGCUUAAAUAUCAAUCUGAUAGUCGAGGCCUCGUUCGCUUGGCUAAAAAGUACCAUCUCUUUGAUCGUGAGGCAAACCCCAGAGCAUACCAUUGGCUUCAACGCCAAUUGAGCAUCAAGAUGGGCGAUGAUUAUGAUUUUGCUACGGCUCCUAUUGAAUAUAACACUUGGAUGUUGUACAGACAAUUAGUAGACUUGAUCUUGAUGAACGACUUUACUACCUAUGUCUGCUUUGCCCUGUCUUGGUUCAACACAUCGCCACAAUCGUCCAUCUUUUUGGGCGACACUCUGAGAUGGUUGGGCGGUAUCUUUUUAAUUGUGUUCAACAUCUGGGUCAAGAUUGAUGCGCAAAGAGUCGUCAAAGACUUUGCUUGGUAUUGGGGUGAUUUCUUCUUUUUAAUCGAGCAAUCGCUUACAUUUGACGGUGUGUUCGAGAUGGCUCCUCAUCCCAUGUACUCCAUUGGUUAUUUUGGAUAUUACGGCAUCUCUCUGUUGUGUGCAAGCUAUACAGUUUUGUUUGUCAGUAUUGCUGCUCAUGCUCUUCAAUUUGCAUUUCUCAUUUUGGUUGAAACACCUCACAUUGAUAAAAUCUACAACCCACCACCUGCUUUGAAGCGUCCUUCCUCUUCCUUGUCCACCACCCACGAUGCUACUAGCACCACUACUUCCACCAUCUAUAGUUACACCAGAGAUCUCAUUGUCUUUAAAAACUUUGACCUGUUCAGAGCCACUGACUUCGUUGCUGCCAUGUUGGUGGCGUACGCCAUCAUCACCCCUCUCUUGAUUCCCGGCAAGAUUGGUAUCGCCAUUUCGAUUGUACAAGCAUUCUUUUGGCGUGCGAUCCAUUCUCUUGGCAACGGUGCUAUCCUUCGCUCUCAAUCCAACAACAAGUUCUUUACACGCCAUUUCAUUAAAUGGGGUGGCAGCGUGCACGAAGCAUUUCAAAACUGGAAGAGUAUCUACAACCUCACAUUAUGUAUGACCUAUGUUACCUUCUUUAUUGCUUGCUGGAAAACAUACACAUUGCCUGAUAAUUGGGCUUACGGUACCACCUUGCUCAGACACACUCUUGGCCUCACCUUUGUCUCUCUUCAUAUCUGGACAUCUGUCUCUAUCCACCAAGUCAUUGGUGAUUUCGGUUGGUUCUAUGGCGACUUCUUCAUGGACGAUCAUCAAUCUGAAUUACUGUAUACUGGUAUCUACAGAUUCUUGAACAACCCUGAAAAGAUCAUGGGCCACGCUGCCUUCUGGGGUAUGACACUAAUUGCUAACAAUGGCACCAUCUUUGCCUUGGCCUUGUUCUCUCAGAUCUGUAACGUCUUGUUUCUUCAAUAUGUGGAAGAUCCUCACAUGCGUAAACUGUAUGGAGAUCAAAUCCGUAAAGAAGCAGGCUUGACAAAGACACUCAAAUCAGCCGCUAUUGCUAUUCCUAAAACCAUUCCCGAGAAACUACAACAAGAAAUUGCCAAACUCAUUCGCGAAAAUCAAGACAGCACUCACAAUGUGGAGCGUAUCGUCAAGGAAACUGUCGAGAAAGUGGAAAAGGCAGUGGAGGAAACCAAGGAUGCCGUUGGAGACAUUGUGGAUGCAGCACGUCCUCGUUUGCAAGAAGUUUUGUCAGAGACCAAGCAGCUGCUCGAAACAUCUCGUUCGCGCGUUAUUCCAUUAACAGCAAGCGAUAUUAGCACAUUUGAUUUAUCCAAAUACGCUGUCAAGUUGACCAGCAACAGCACCAAGAGCAAUGUAUUCGAAAUGGGCCAGCCCAUCACUGUAGAAUGGACAGCACCUGAAAACCAUGGUCCUCAAGAUUGGAUUGGUAUCUUUGAAGUCGGUGCCAACAAGAGCAAACACAUCACCAACAUUAGUUCUCGUGGUUUAUGGCAUUGGACUAAUGCUGCUAAACAUGGUGAAUCUGGUGAUACCAUCUUCCCCCCUGAAACACCUGCUUUGACUCAAGGUAUAGUUACUUUUGGCGCAUCUCAGCUACCUUGGAAGGUGGGCAAGUAUGAGUUUAGAUAUCAACAUGACAACAAGCACAAUGUGAUGGCCGUGUCUACUCCCUUUGAAAUCAAGGCUCCUGUUGCUCCCUCUAUCAUUGAUUUGGAUACGACCAAGCAACGUGUUCUUAGAUGGGUGCAACAUACACUGGGCAAUAACAAGGACAUCAUUCCUUUUACUGCUGAAGAAGAGUACGUGGGUAUGGGUGAAGUCGAAUCCAAGCAUUUGGCCAAAUGUAUCAAGCUUGCUUACAAGGUGGAAUUCGCCUGGGAAGUGGUUGCCACAGACAAGUGUGUAGCUCGUCUCGCUAAAAGAAUUCUGGAUGCUAGAGAAGCUCUUUCACCCUUCACCUCUGAGUCAUCACGUAGACUGUCCUCUGCCUCUCUGCAUUUGGCAUCCAACGCAUGUGCUGCUACUCCCUUGAUGGCUAAAGUCGCUGGUGAUGCCAUGUAA